AUGUUCAGUGCUCUGGUCAGGUCACUCGGGCUAAAACCGUUUAUGCGGCGAGUCCAUACCGGCGACACCGUCUCGAUCAAAAAUCUGCGGUACUGUGGCCUGAUCAACGGGCGCCGGAUGCCGCUCAGCCUGUCGACCGACCUGAUCACAGACUUUGGCCAGGCCAGCACCGACGACGAUCUGCGGUACUCCAUCAACUACGCCGUCUUGAGCCGCGACCUCCGUUCGUUUGAGAAGAAGUACAGCCACAACAGCUUCCGUUCGCUUCUGCAGCUCGGCGAGGGUAUUUUCAACGAGGUGCUUUUUAGCACCAACUGCAAGCGUGCCACACUGACAUUAACCAUGGACCAUCCGGACUGCGACGUGGCCGUCGAAAUGAGCCGUGACAAGUCAGACAGGCCCAAAAUCACUCUCAGACUGGACAACUUAGGCGUCGACACCAUCAUUGGAGUGUUCAAGGAGGAGAGACUGGCAAAGCAGCCUGUGGUGCUGAACCUCGCAUUGGACCUGGCGGGCGAGUUCUCUGUCGACAGUAUUGUGUCAAGCGCAAAGAACUACGUUUCCAGGUCUCAAUUCAAAACCGUCGAGGCGCUCGCGCUGAACGUGGCCAAGCUGGCGUUCCAAGCAGCCGAAAACGCUCGCCACUGCAAAGUGUCUGUGCUCAAGCCAAAGGCUAUCGACGAAACCGACGGCGUCGGCGUCUCUGUGGCCAGAUCGAGAGCCGAUGUGCAACGCCAGCCACUCGUAGAUUCCCAGUCGUCGGAUUACGUCCCAAAUCUCAGCAAAACAGCCAUCGUCAGGGACGGAAAGCACACUGUGUACUUGGCUGUGGGCUCGAACCAGGGCUCCCAGUUGACUAACAUCAACAUCGCCCUCGACGAGCUCGCAAAGAGGAACAUAAACGUCCGAGCCACGUCGUCGCUGUUCCGCUCGGCCCCAAUGUACUACUCCAACCAGCCCGAUUUCGUCAACGGCUGCGUGAAAGUGGAAACAGAAUUGCGGCCGCAGGACCUUCUCAAACAGAUAAAAGAAAUCGAGUACGAGGUGCUGGGCAGAGUGAAACAUUUCGACAACGGCCCGCGGCCAAUCGACCUCGACAUUAUUCUCUACGACGAGGCAAUCUACAACUCUGCAGACCUCACCAUUCCUCACAUAAGCAUGCUGGAACGGCCAUUUGUGCUCGCGCCGCUGUGUCAGCUUGUGCCGCCGGACAUGCUGCACCCGGUCACCGCCGAGCCGAUCCACAGCCACUGGCACCAGCUGCGCAAGACGACCAGAGCCGACGACCUGCAACCGGUCAUUCCCAUAUCUGGUGCACGGAUGUUGCCGUACGGCAGCAGGACGCUGCUGAUGAGCAUUCUGAACGUCACGCCGGACUCUUUCAGCGACGGGGCUGCCUCGAAUCUGGAGAUCGGCCACACGCUUUCCCGUGUGGAGCGGAUGGCGGCAGCGGGCGUCGAUAUUGUCGAUCUGGGCGGGUGCUCCACGCGGCCGGGCUCAGAGCAGGUUUCCGAGGCCGAGGAGUUGGACAGAGUGCUUCCCGUGCUGGAGCAGAUCCGGAAACAGUUUCCGGAGCUUGUCGUGAGUGUUGACACGUACAGGGCUGAAGUUGCGCGCGCGAGCGUGCAACUCGGAGCAGAUAUCAUCAACGACGUGAGCGGCGGGCUUCUUGACGAUAAAAUGUACGAGUUUGUGGCGCAGUCAGGCGUCGGGUAUGUGCUGGGCCACAUGCGCGGCAACAUCGCGACGAUGAAUGCGCUCUCGAACUACGACGAGGUCGCGCCCGGGGAAGUCAAGCAGUUUUCCGAUUACAGUCCUGUCAUGGGCGGAGUGUGCCGAGAACUUGGUGUUGCUAUCGAAAAAAUGCAGGAAGCUGGAGUGCGGCGGUGGCAGGUGAUAAUCGACCCCGGGCUCGGGUUCGCGAAAAAGACAGAACACAACUUGGAGCUGAUUAGAGACUUGAAAAAGCUCGCACAGUACCGCCAGCUGUCUUUGGAAACUGGACAGUAUGUCUCGUUUGACGAUGUGGCCUUGCUGAUGGGGCCUUCGCGUAAGCAGUUUAUCGGUGGAAUCACAGGCAAGCCGCCAAAAGACCGGGUAUUCGGAACAGCGGCAGCAGUGUCGGCAUGCAUUGCGAACGGCGCAGACAUUGUGCGCGUUCACGACUUUGAGCCGAUGAAAGAUGUCGCGCUCGUGGCCGACAGCAUCUACAGGACGUUGUGA